AUGUCGCCGCCGCCGCCGCUGCGCAACGUCGUCGAGAUCGCCGCGGCAAUGCUGCUGCUGCUGCUGGUCGCCGUGGCGCCGGCGGGCGGCUGCGGGUGGUGCACGACGUGCUACAACCAGCAGAGGUGCAGCGUCGACGUGCAGGAGUACCUGCAGCGGCUGUCAGCGAAGAACAUACUCGCCAUGCUCACGUUCGAGCACUUUGACCGCAAUCGCGACCGACGCGUGUCGCUGCGGGAGCUGAGGAGCCGGCUGCCGUCCAGCGCGUACGAGUGCGCGAUCAAGAACCUCGUCAUCUCUCUUGGCGGGAACGAUGGACAGAUCAACUGUCACGAAUUCAAGAAUGCUAGGUUCUGGACCACGUCUCAGCAGAGAUUACUGGCUUGUAGAUGGAGGGAGCGACGUUCUCAAGUCAGAAAUGUGCUACAGAAUACGUCCCUGCAAAUAUCAAAUGGCAAAUAGAAACAGCAAAUCGAUUUGUUUUUCGUCUCAUCAUGGCAACUGUCCAAGAACAUAGUCGCAGUUAGAGUUCAGGAAGAAUGAACUAUUUUGUGUACGGCUCUGCGUCUAGAGAGAAAUGAAACCAGCUAUUAAAUGUUUAAAAUGUGUAGGUCAAGGAAACUGAAGAGCCAAAUAAAUACAGGUUGAGGAUUGCGCAUUCGAAAUACCUGGGUACGAACUACGAACGUGUCUCGGGUUUAGGAAUUUCCCAGCGUUUGGAAUACCUGUAUUAAAUAUUUUAUGGAAGAAAUUCAUGUUUAUUUCAUACACAGCUUAUGCCAGCAGGCACUGCUGUAUUCCUAUGAAAUAUUCUUCAUCAUUUUGUGGAUGAAAUAGUGAGAAUAACACCUCUGGAAGAAUGACACAUAAAAAAAGAAAAACGCCUGCAGCCAUGCAGCUAUUUCGAGGCUUGGCAACCCAUGGUUCAUCCAGGACUGAAAAUUUUUUCAAUGACAUUUUAUCAGAAAUUCAAGGUCAUUUU